AUGAAUGCAAUUCCUUAUAAAAAUCCUAUAUAAUCAAGGAUGAAGACAUCUUAAACUUUGUUGAUUACAAGAAUUUGUUUUCCAUAAAAAAAUGAUCAUAUUUUAGCUCCUUAAUUGAUAUAACCAAUAAACAAAUAAGGGAAUCUUUAAUAACAAAAAAUAAUAACAAGGAAAGACAAUAAACAUAUUUAAAAUAAAUUCUUUUAAGUAUAAUCUCAUGUUACUAAUUUAUUCAAAAUAUGUAAUUUAGAGGAUAUAUAUUAACCGAAUUUCCAAAAAAUUUUAAAUGAAAAUUCUCACAAUACUUUGAGGAGAUUUAGCACAAAAAUAAUUAAAAAUCAGGGUAGUCUCACAAAGAGAUGUGAAAAUUAAGCGAGAAUACGCUCAUACUCCACUGAAAUUUAAACAAAUAGAACAAAAAAUGUUUAUGAAAAGUCACCAAUUAAGAAAGUUAGAUUUUAUGAAAAAGUUGAGUGUUGGUAAUUAGAUCAGGCUAACGAUAUUGAUUGUAAUUAUAGAUACUUUGAACCAAUAAAAUUAAAAUGA